AUGUCCGAAUAUUUCAACCGAAAACCUGAAAAUUGGAGCAUUCUUGACUUUCUGAAUGAGUGUGAUUUGGAGCCGUUUGACCGAAAAAUAGAUUUUUACAUAAAAUCCCUCCGCGCAAUCGCUGACUCUGAUCAAGAUAGCUUGAAAGAAAGUGGCGUGACUGGAGGCCUACUCGGUCGCCUCACUGGACCCACUGGGGCACAGGUGGCCUACUUGGUUGCGAUGUUGUUCGGGUGGGAUGGGAAAUCUGAAUUGGAUCGCAAAAAAGCAAAAGAUUGGGAGGAGAACCGCUCGCGUGGGCAAGUGACAAUUACAGGCAUCAGUGGAACUGUAAACGGAAAUAUAUAUGGUGGAAAUUUCAUUGGAUUAACCGAAUUACAGGACAAUAAUAAAGUCCCAAAACGGACAAUAGAUGAUUAUUUCGAUUCUGUUACUCCGCCUUCCCAUAUUCGCACAAGCGAAUAUAAUCACAAACGUCAACGUGGACCGAGACAGGAUUUGUAUAAGCAGGACAUUAGGAUUAAGCCUUUUAACCCGUGGGGAUCGGAUAAUGAAGAAGAUAGCAAUAAUGACGAGCGAGAUAUUAGGAUUGAGCCUUCUAAUCCGUUGGGAUCGGAUAAUGAAGAAAAUAGCAAUGAAGAAUUUAUUGAUAGUGAAAGCGAGGACGAUUCCUAUUAUGUCAUUAAAAACCCUGAAACAAUCUCUUUUGAUGAGUAUGUGGGUGUAACUCAUAAUGAGUCUGACUGGACGUUGAAAGAUGGACGUAGGGUCAUUGAUGUACUUACAAAAAACACUGCCGAAUUAGUGAAGUCGAUCUCAGCUAAAAGCAAGAAAGAACGAACGGCAUGCAUCAUUAGUGUUAUUCGUUUGGGGCUUUCAUCAAUAAUAGAUUUGUCCUCAGAGUUUCAUAAUGGAAUGUAUAACUGGUUCGGGAAUGAAUGGAAUGACAUUAAAGAAAAAGUGUACAGUCAAGUCAAUAUGACCCCCAAUUUUUUUGAAGGUGAAACUAAAACGAUUGUUGAUACAGUUGAAGAAAUGUGUGGGCUGUAUCACUAUGUUGAUGCACGGGAGUACUUGUUUAAAAUAAGAAAUAAGAAAAAUACUCCAAUGGUUCAACAAAUCGCAACCGCGUAUUUUCAUGUGAUCGACAAAUUCCUUGAUAAUCCACAUUUGUUUAUCGAAGAAAGUGGAAAGCUAAAGAAUCUUAGUGAAAUGGAGUUUGUGAUAAAUAUUAUAGCACCGAUUCUGAACGACGUUUUCAAUGACGUCUUGGAUAUUUUGAAUCUUCGUUGGGGAGAAACUGUGUCAGCUAUUUCCGACAGACGACGAAAGAUUGACCUUAGAAUUGUUCACAAAUGUAGAGAGAUAGAGCUAAGUCAUACAGAGUGCGCAAAGGCUCCAACACGUGCCAAGGCCAUUCGUGACCGCUCAAAAUGUCUGAGAACAGAAAAAGGCGUUCUUGACAAAUUUCUGAAAGAAGACCUAUCGGAUGAGGCAGUCAAAGAUUCGGUAAUCCUUGGAAUACAAUUUGCUGGCCUAGAGGGUCAGAUAAUUGGAGUUGACCUCCUUGACAAUGGUCUUUACUUUGGCCUUGAAGGACCUCAUUUUAGCUUUCCUGCGCAACUAUCAAACAUUAAGUGCCUCCGAAACGCACUUGAAGCAUUAUAUUUCUUUAAAGAAAAUGUUGUUCGUAAGGCAAAUCUCUUUCCUGAUCCAAAAAAAUACAAUCACGCUUAUAACAAGAUAUUUCGCAACAAUUUGGAAUCCCAAGUCAAAGCAAAGCAUUUUAAAACAAAGUUUAUUAGGCCAACCCAUUUCACUCCAAAGGGUCAAG